UGUGUUUGCGUCAUCGCGCCACGCCACCACCAGAGUCCGGGUGAAGAUGGCGGCAGCCGUUAUUACCGGGCCCUCCGCGGGCUCCGCGGCUGGGGUCCCCGGUGGGACCGGGGGUCUCUCGGCGGUAGGUUCAGGCCCGCGUCUCCGCCUGCUGCUGCUGGAAAGCGUGUCCGGGUUGCUGCAGCCGAGAGCGGGGACCACCCUUGCUCCUGUGCAUCAUCCAGUCCGCUCGGCCCCACAUUUGCCCGGGCUCAUGUGCCUGUUGCGGCUGCAUGGCACGGUGGGCGGGGCCCAGAACCUUUCAGCUGUUGGGGCAUUGGUAGGUCUCAGUAAUGCCCGUCUUGGUUCUGUCAAAACUCGGUUUGAGGGCCUGUGUCUGCUGUCCUUGUUGGUCGGGGAGAGCUCCACAGAGAUGUUCCAGCAGCACUGUGUCUCUUGGCUUCGGAGCAUUCAGCAGGUCUUACAGUCCCAGGACCCGCCCCCCACAAUGGAGUUGGCUGUGGCCGUCCUAAGGGAUCUGCUCCGAUAUGCAGCCCAGUUGCCUACGCUCUUCCGGGACAUCUCUGUGAACCACCUCCCUGGCCUUCUCACCUCCCUGCUGGGCCUCAGACCAGAGUGUGAGCUCUCAGCACUGGAGGGGAUGAAGGCUUGUAUGAGCUAUUUUCCUCGGGCUUGUGGGUCUCUCAAAGGCAAGCUGGCCUCGUUUUUCCUGUCUCGGGUAGAUGCCUUGAGCCCUCAGCUCCAGCAGUUGGCCUGCGAGUGUUACUCCAGGCUGCCCUCUCUAGGGGCUGGCUUUUCCCAGGGCCUGAAGCACACCGAGAGCUGGGAGCAGGAGCUGCACAGCCUGCUGGCCUCACUGCACAGCCUGCUAGGGGCCCUGUACGAGGGAGCAGAAACAGCUCCUCUGCAGUAUGAAGGCCCUGGCGUGGAGAUGCUGCUUUCCCCCUCAGAGGAUGGCGAUGCCCAUGUCCUUCUCCGGCUUCGGCAGAGGUUUUCUGGACUGGCCCGCUGCCUGGGGCUCAUGCUCAGCUCUGAGUUUGGGGCUCCCGUGUCCGUCCCUGUGCAGGAAAUCCUGGAUGUCAUCUGUCGGACCCUCAGCAUCAGUGCCAAGAAUAUUAGCUUGCUUGGAGAUGGUCCCCUGCGACUACUGCUGCUGCCCUCUGUCCACCUUGAAGCCUUGGACCUGCUCUCUGCGCUCAUCCUCGCGUGUGGAGCCCGGCUCUUGCGCUUUGGGGCCCUGAUCAUCCGCCUGCUUCCCCAGGUCCUCAAUGCCUGGAACAUUGGUAGGGAUACCCUCUCUCCAGGCCAGGAGCGGCCUUACAGCACCAUGCGGACCAAGGUGUAUGCUGUGUUAGAGCUGUGGGUGCAGGUGUGUGGGGCCUCAGCAGGAGUGCUUCAGGGAGGAGCGUCGGGGGAGGCCCUGCUCACCCACCUGCUGAGUGACAUCUCUCCGCCAGCUGAUGCCCUGAAGCUGCGCAGUCCCCGGGGGAGCCCUGAUGGGGGUUUGCAGACUGGAAAGCCCAGUGCCCCCAAGAAGCUAAAGCUGGAUGUGGGGGAGGCAGUAGCUCCGCCCAGCCACCGGAAGGGCGAUAGCAAUGCCAACAGCGAUGUGUGUGCAUCUGCGCUGAGAGGUCUCAGCCGGGCCAUCCUUAUGUGUGGGCCUCUCAUCAAGGAGGAGACGCACAGGAGGCUGCAUGAUCUGGUCCUACCCCUGGUCAUGGGUGUCCAGCAGGGUGAGGCGCUAGGCAGCUCCCCAUAUACCAGCUCCCGCUGCCGCCGUGAACUCUACCGCCUGCUGCUGGCUCUGCUACUGGCACCUUCUCCUCGCUGCCCACCUCCUCUCGCCUGUGCCCUGCAAGCCUUUUCCCUUGGCCAGAGAGAAGACAGCCUUGAGGUCUCUGCUUUCUGCUCAGAAGCACUGGUCACCUGUGCUGCUCUGACCCACCCCCGUGUUCCUCCCCUACAGUCCAUGGGCCCCGCGUGCCCGACACCUGCCCCAGUUCCUCCUCCAGAGGCCCCAUCCCCAUUCAGGGCGCCCCCCUUCCAUCCCCCGAGCCCCAUGCCCUCAGCAGGCACCGUGCCCUCAGUGGGCUCCAUGCCCUCAGUGGGCCCAGUGCCGUCGGCAGGCCCCAUGCCUCCGGCGGGCCCACUGCCCCCAGCACGCUCUGGAACUGCGGCCACAGCCAACCACUUAGGCCUCUCUGUCCCAGGCCUGGUGUCUGUACCUCCCCGGCUCCUUCCUGGCCCUGAGAACCACCGGCCAGGCUCCAGUGAGGACCCCGUUCUUGCCCCUAGUGGCACUCCCCCACCUGCUCUGCCCGCAGAUGAAACUUUUGGGGGGAGAGUGCCCAGACCGGCCUUUGUCCACUAUGAUAAGGAGGAGGUGUCUGACGUGGAGAUCUCCUUGGAAAGCGACUCUGACGACAGCGUCGUGAUCGUCCCUGAGGGGCUUCUGCCCCUGCCACCUCCGACCCCCUCCGGCCCCACGCCCCCACCGGUA